AUGGGUACGGGUGUGCGUGUGUGGGUCCUCCUAGUGUGUGUGUGUGUAUGGUGGACUGAGGCCUCCCUGGUGCCUUCUGGAUACUUCUACUACUCGGAUGUCAACUCCUCCAGAGUGCACGAAUCCUGGAACAGGUUGGUCAGUUUCUUGUUAGGGAAAGAUGCAGGAGAUAAUCCUUGGAGAGACUUACCGGAACCUAUAGCCAAUGACAAGGAACCGGGGCCAAGUGAUGUUUCAGUGGACUCAUUAAAAGAUUUAAGUGACAAGGAAAUUUGGUCUAAAAUAACUGGAAAUAAUGACUGGAAUCAAAAGGUUGAAGAAAUACCUAUUCAAGAUAGAAUGCUAAAUGAUGGAGUUAUUAACGCAGAAGAACCCCAACAUCCAUUAGAUGAUGGUAGUCACUUGAAAACCUUUACAUCUGAAACAAAACUUAGUGAUAUCAGUUCAAACCAUUCCACGAGAAAAACCACGGACAAACGCGAUGUGGAUGCGAGUGUGCUGACGCGUUUACUUAGCCAAGAAGAGUACCAGAGUGACAGUGCCAGUGCGGGGCCUCAGGACGUGAAUGGCUCUACACUAGCCUUCGUGUUCGACACGACGGGCUCCAUGUGGGACGACCUGGUGCAGGUACGACAUGGUGCCGCCAAGAUCAUGGAGACCAUGCUGCAGCGACCCGACAGGCCGAUAUCGAACUACGUCCUUGUACCUUUCCACGACCCGUUGAUAGGACCCGUAACUGAAACUACCGACCAUAAGUUGUUGAUGCAGCGACUCAAUGAAAUCCAGAUCUAUGGAGGUGGUGACUGCCCAGAAGCCUCUGUGGGAGCUGUACAACAGGCGUUACAACAGAGUAAACCUAACUCCUACAUCUAUGUGUUUACUGAUGCCCGAUCUAAGGAUUACAAUUUACUAUCACAGAUCUUGCCCCUGAUACAGCGAAAGCAAUCACAAGUAGUGUUUGUUAUGACUGGAGACUGUGGGGAUCAGACCCAUCCUGGUUACCAGGUUUACCACAAGAUUGCAGCAACCAGCUCUGGCCAGGUGUACCAUCUGAAUAAGACUGAUGUCGAUGAAGUCCUCAGUUUUGUCAGAGUGUCACUACAAUCUCGGAAAGUGAACUUGCUGUCAGUAGAGAGGCCUGCAGCAAAGAGUGGUUCAGAACUUCCUCUGCCUAUUGAUGAGACACUCAAGGAGUUCACUGUGUCUGUGUCUGGAUCCAAUGCCUCUAUUGGUGUUGUUGACCCUGGCGGUCACACAGUCCAGGCCCCUCAGCUCACUCCUCUGCUGGAUUUACAGCAUGUUAAAGUGGUCAAUGUCAAGGAGCCUCCUCCAGGAGUAUGGACUCUACAGGUUGGCAGUGACUCACAACACACAGUUCGUUCCACUGGCCUCAGCGGCUCAGACUUUGUCCAUGGCUUCUCUGUUAUUCCCACCACCAACAUGGCAGAGACUUAUCACAGACCUUUAAAAUCUGCAUUUAAUUCAGUGCUGAUAAGGGCCACUGAACCUGUCAAGUUGCACAACUUCACGAGAUUGGAAGUGGUGCACCUGAACGGCUCAGUCCUGGACAUCAUCCCCCUGCAGCCUGUGUCUGGUCAGCCCGGCCUCUACACUGGGGGCCCUUUCAUCCCACCUAAUGACCUCUUCUAUCUCAGUGUAUGUGGUUAUGGCAAAGACAGCUAUCCAAUGAAGAGGAUAACACCAACAGCAAUAAGUGCCCAGCCUCCAGAACUUCCAACUGUGAAUAUUGCAUCCACUUACAAGGGUCGGUCUGGUCACCCUUUGACUCUGGUCUGUAGAGUGGAAUCCUUGGUGCCAUUCACUGUCCGUUGGUACAAGGAUGGGGCUGUCAAAACUAGAUUGUUGAAAUAUAACCAAACAGCAGAAGUACCACUGCAAAUCCCAGCUGUAGAGAUGAAAGAUGCUGGAAAGUAUCUCUGCAAAGUUCAAAUUCCCAAAGUAUUUGGAAGUGUUAUCAAAAACACUGUAGUACAUGUAACAGGACCACCACCACAAGUGAUGACACAGAAUGAAGUGGCAACAAGGGCUGGUGUGUUGGCACACCUGAUGUGUAAUGUAACAAGUGACAUGGCUUACAAUGUCAGCUGGUAUCGUCUUGUGAGCAGGACAUCCACAGAAAGAAGACAACCAAGUUUGGAGCUGGUGAAAGAAUCUCCACAGAUUCGGAUACACAGAAACAACAGCCUCAUCUUACUUUCUCCACAGUUGUCUGACGAAGGAUGGUACAUAUGUACAGCUCAAAAUGAAGGUGGAAAAACAUCUGGUCGGGUCUACUUGCUCAUGCAGGAGCUACCCGCGGUUCAGAUCACAGCCAGCCAACGAGAGUUCACCUCAGGAUCUUCUGUCGACAUACACUGCCAUGUCUUGGCUGGGAUACCAUACCCCUCUAUCACAUGGAAGAAAGGCAAUAGUAUUAUCCAGGUUCUUGAAGAAAGAAAUUAUGAUUCUCAAUGGAGUGUGACUUUGAGGAAUUUGCAGAGAAACGAUGAAGGAGUGUAUUCAUGUGAAGCCAAAAAUGCUGUGGGAACUGACACUGGGUCAGUUACACUAAGGUUUGUGGAGAUACCGCAAGUGCAAGCUGAGACUGAUAGUCUUUCUGUGCGUCAAGGAACCACUGCCUUGCUCAAUUGCCUGGUAUAUGGCACCCCAAGCCCUCGCCUAUCCUGGCUCAGGGAUUCCACUGACCUUACUCAGCAGCUACCUCGCAUUCAGAUUCUUGAGAAUGGAACAUUAGAAAUACAAGAUACGAAUGAAGAAGACUCAGGCCAGUACACUUGUGUGGCCAGGAACAAAGUUGGUGUUGCCAGAGCCUACAUUGAUUUGGAGGUGGGCUCACCACCUCGCAUUGUACAUCCUCCUGCAGACUUGGAAGUGCCAAUAGGUAAGAGUGGCAGCAUGUUGUGUGCAGCCACUGGCACCCCUGUUCCUCACACAACAUGGACACAGCAUGGCCAACCUCUACAUAACUCCAGGAUAUUUGUGUCAGACCCUGGAGAGCUUUUCAUUAAAGAUGCACAGCUAGAGGAUGAAGGGAAUUACACAUGUACUGUGGAGAACAUGUUUGGCAAAGCAACUUAUCAGAUUGCUGUGAAGGUGACAGGUGUUGUUGUUCCGAAACUGAUGGCAGAGAGUCUACCUUCAAGUACAAAAGCCUUGUUAGGUCAUACCAUUCAGCUGCCCUGUCCUGUACUAGAGGGUAACCCUUCACCUUCUAGGCAAUGGUACAAAGAUGGUGUUCUACUAGAAGAAGCUUCCAAUAGUGAUGGUAGCCUGCUGCUGUCUAAUGUGACCACUGAGGAUGCUGGGCAGUACCAGUGUGUGGUGUCUAAUGUGGGUGGCCAAGACUCCAUCAGCACAACUCUCAACAUCUUGGUACCUCCCCGGAUUCUGAGCGAGGGAGGUGAUAUGAAGGCUGUGGAGGGCAGCUCUUUGUCUCUCCCUUGUGUCACGACUGGUCAGCCCUUGCCCUCUGUGUCCUGGAUAUGGCAUGGAAGACGUUUUCAAUCUGAACAGGAAGGUUCCUCACUUGAUCUCCACAACCUCACUUUCCUCAACAGUGGCACAUACACCUGCUUGGCCAUCAGUCCCGCUGGCACAGAUUCAAUAUCAGUUCAGCUUGACGUUUUAGAUCAGGAAUGUCACAUAACAGCUAACCCUCCAGCUAACAUCUCGUGGUAUCAUGAGCAGAGACCACCACUCCAACAUUGUCAGGUUGGUGUAACAGAUCAGGAAUGUCACAUAACAGCUAACCCUCCAGCUAACAUCUCGUGGUAUCAUGAGCAGAGAUUACUCCCUUACCACUCCAACAUUGUCAGGUUUGCUGUCAACAAGACCAUGGAGGGCCAGUACAAGUGUGUGGCUGAGAACGAGGUAGGCUCCUCUACUCAGCUUGUCAACCUUUUUGUUCCAGUGAAGCCAGUGAUUACUGAUUGGCAGACAGAGGUGAGUGUCUUGGAGGGGGAAUUACUAACUUUGAGCUGCGAGUCUGAGGGCAAACCAUCACCCUCUAUUACUUGGCACAAGGAGGAACGUCUUCUCACUUCCCAUGGACCUAUCUACCAGACUACAGCUAAGAAAGAGGAUGCUGGAAAUUACACUUGCAAAGCAGAAAAUAAAUAUGGAGUUGAUCAGCAGCAAUUAACUGUUAUUGUAAUAGCUCCCUCUGUGUCCUGGAUAUGGCAUGGAAGACGUUUUCAAUCUGAACAGGAAGGUUCCUCACUUGAUCUCCACAACCUCACUUUCCUCAACAGUGGCACAUACACCUGCUUGGCCAUCAGUCCCGCUGGCACAGAUUCAAUAUCAGUUCAGCUUGACGUUUUAGUUCCCCCUAAAAUUUCACAGUGGAAGGAGAAUGUUACAGCCAGUGAAGGCCAAUACACUCAGCUAGAAUGUCACAUAACAGCUAACCCUCCAGCUAACAUCUCGUGGUAUCAUGAGCAGAGAUUACUCCCUUACCACUCCAACAUUGUCAGGUUUGCUGUCAACAAGACCAUGGAGGGCCAGUACAAGUGUGUGGCUGAGAACGAGGUAGGCUCCUCUACUCAGCUUGUCAACCUUUUUGUUCCAGUUGUGCCUCGAAUCGACCCACUGACCUCAACCAAAGUUGUGGGAGUAGCUGGAGACAUGGUUACUUUGUUAUGUCCAGUAACUGGUGACCCAAAGCCUACUGUUACAUGGUCUAAACUCGAUUCUUUAGUAACAAGUAAGGUAAAUGAGGAUGGCUCUGUAAUGCUGAACAACUUGACUCCGGCCGAUACAGGAACAUAUCUGUGUUCAGCCACCAAUGUCGCAGGCUCAGCAGUUCUACCUGUGUCUCUUGAUGUCAUGGUGAAGCCAGUGAUUACUGAUUGGCAGACAGAGGUGAGUGUCUUGGAGGGGGAAUUGCUAACUUUGAGCUGCGAAUCUGAGGGCAAACCAUCACCCUCCAUUACUUGGCACAAGGAAGAACGUCUUCUCACUUCCCAUGGACCUAUCUACCAGACUACAGCUAAGAAAGAGGAUGCUGGAAAUUACACUUGCAAAGCUGAAAAUAAAUAUGGAGUUGAUCAGCAGCAAUUAGCUGUUAUUGUAAUAGUUCCAGCACAAAUUAUGAACAAUGAAGAGGAAAAUGUCCUCUUGUUCAGCAACACCUCUGAAACCAAAUUGGUCUGCCUGAUUGAUGGAAUACCUCAGCCAGUGGUAUCAUGGUUGAAAGACUCAGUUGUUGUCAAGGAAAAAGAUGAUCAUCGUCUGAGACCAGAAAACAACAUUUUAACAAUAACAAAUGGAUCACAGGACUUGGCUGGAAUGUAUAUAUGUCACGUUGAAAACAUUGCUGGUAUUGCCCAAAAGAUGUUUGAGGUAGAAUUUUAUGAACCACCCAAAAUCCUGGAACAGAGCCCAACAAACAUAACUUUGAGAGAACGUGAUGACUACACCAUUCCUUGUUCUGCUGCUGGAACACCGACCCCAGUAGUGAAGUGGAGGCGACAUGAGAUGGCCUUAUUACCAGGAUUCCAAACUGAUGAGAUGGUGAUUAUGCAGGACAACAUGUUGGUGUUGACCCAGGUGACAUCGGCCAGUGAGGGUCAGUACGUGUGUGAGGCUGACAGUCCGGCUGGUCAUGCACACAGGAACUACUCUGUCCAUGUCAUAGUACCUCCAGUUGUUGUUGAUAAAUCUGUAACACCCUUAGACAUUGUGGAGUCCAACGAAGGUCUUCUCACCUGUCCUGUACAGCAAGGAUCACACCAAUCCUCUGUCGUGUGGCUCAAGGAUGGUGUACCAAUCAAUUUAGAGGAAAAUGAGAGAGCAGAUGAUACUCAUUACAAUUUGAAAGAUGGAGGACUUUCUCUGAAAAUAGCUGAAGCUAGGUCAGAUGACACUGGAAUGUACACAUGUGUUGCAACAAAUUUAGCAGGUAGGAGCCAAGCCUCUUUCGCAGUAGAGGUUCUGGUACAUCCUCACUUCUUGGAUGAGUUUCCAGAAACGGAGUUAGUUGUCUCAGAGGGUGAGAGAGUUGUACUCGACUGCAGUGUGGGCGGCAAUCCAGAACCAAAAGUAAGUUGGAAAAGAGUGGAGCUAGGUUUGCCCGUGACACAGCACACAAUGCCUGGUAUGAUGUUAGAACUGCCAUCAAGAUGGCGGGUGAUCAUACCGGCUGUGCGACCUCAUCACUCCGGCACAUACCAGUGUUCAGCUGUCAACAAACUGGGCAAGGAGACCAAGCAGUUCUCCCUUCGAGUGACAGCUCCUCCCGAGUUGGAUGGACCAAAAGAAGAAAAACUGGAAUUAUCUUUAAAUGAGAAGGCAGUACUUCAGUGCCGUGUUUGGGGCACACCAGCUCCUACCAUUGUGUGGGAGUAUUCCAAUUCCACCAGUGGAUUUCAAACGAUUCAAAACCCUGGUUUUGAUCUGAGGUUGUUCGAACUCUCUCCAUUGGCCCCUAGUGAAGCUGGGACAUACAAAUGUACAGCUGUUAAUACUUUUGGUACGGUUUCUAAACACUUCAAUGUUACUAUAUCAGAACCACCAAAAAUAGAACAGUCAGAGUUGACAGAAGAGCUGAAGGUGAGUAUAGGAAGUGACAUGUCACUGAGCUGUGUGACGUCAGGUUCUCCUCCUCCUGUAGUAUCCUGGCUGCACAAUGGACAUUUGGUCAGCAGUCAGUCUCUCGUAGAUGGUCACACUCAUUCACUGCUGCUUGGCCCUGUCAAUACUACGUCGGGUGGCAAAUACUUGUGUGUUGCUUCCAACAAAGCUGGAGUUGCUGAAAAGGCAUUUAAGGUUAAAGUUCUUGUUCCACCAAGGAUAUCUGAGUCAUACCAGUUUUCUGCAGACCCUCAUGUGGUAGUGGUCGAGGGCCUUCCGCUAACCAUCAGAUGUCCCGUGACAGGGACACCGCCACCCAACAUUACAUGGCAUAAAGAUGGUGGACAACUCAAUAAUACCAAUGAUCUUAUUUCAAUCAAAGAAGUAGGAAGAAAUGAUUCAGGGAAUUACACCUGCACAGCCACAAAUCAUGUUGGCAAUGUUUCCAAAUCAUUUUUGGUUGAUGUUCACACGGCGCCAAUGCUGAAGGAAGAUACGCCUCAGCAGCUGUCAGUCCUCAGCAAGACAGAACUAUCGUUGGACUGUUCAGUCACUGGCCAUCCUUCCCCAUCCAUCUUGUGGCUUAACGGCACCCAUCCUCUCUCUAAUUCUGGAGUUAUCUCUCUUACAAACAAAAACCAAACUAUGAAAAUAGGAAGCAUUAAUCUGGAGCAUUCUGGACAUUAUUCCUGUAUAGCAUCAAAUAUUGCUGGCGCUGUUGAGAAGUCUUUUGAUGUAGAUGUUCUUGAGCCACCCAGUUUUAUGGGUGACGAAGCUGCAGGAAACAGGCCUUCAACCAUGCAGAAGGUUAUGCUUCACCGCAAGGUAAUGCUAGAAUGCCCAGUUUCCGGAACUCCAUCUCCCAAUAUAACCUGGUACAAAGACGGGGAGGUUGUUGUGAAGCCUCAACUGAGUGAAGGUGGUCAAGUCCUCCACGUGAUGAAUGCCUUGCCCAGACACGCUGGCAACUACAGUUGUGUGGCUGAGAAUGCAGCGGGCACAACCCGUCUCUUCUUACCCCUCUCUGUCAUUGUGCCACUACAAUGGAGUGAGUGGACAGAGUGGACUUCAUGUAGCAAGAGUUGUGGAGGGGGCAAAGAGGUACGAGAGAGGGAGUGUGGACACAACACAAUCACAGCAUCCGAUUUUGUUGAGCUUGACUCUUCUGAAUGUGUGGGUGAAAAGGAGCAAAUCAGACUCUGCAACGUAUUACCUUGCCAGGUACAUGGAGGCUGGGGAGAGUGGACUAACUGGACAUCGUGUUCUGAAUCUUGUGGACCUGGCACCAGACGUAGAUACCGCCACUGUGACUCCCCUGUCCCAGCUUUUGGAGGUGAUCCUUGUUAUGGUUCUGACGGCCAACAAGAACAAUGCAUUAUUCAACCCUGCCCUCUUCAGUCUCAGUGGAGUGAAUGGACUUCAUGGAGCAGGUGUACCACAAAGUGUGGCAUGGGCACCAAGUUCCGAGCCCGACAAUGUGUGCGAGGUGAUCAGUUGGCAAAAGACUGUGAAGGACAGAAACUGGAAGUUACUUCUUGUUUCAGUCGAAUGUGUCCUGUGGAUGGCAAGUGGAGUGCCUGGGGACCAUGGAGUCAGUGUAGUAGUUCCUGUCUCAGACAACGCCAGCGACUCUGCUCUAAACCCCUAUAUGGAGGAAAGCCCUGCAUUGGGGAUAAUAUUCAGAUAGAGAAGUGCUAUACGGCUGACUGCCAAAAGUUGCCUGUCAUGAAUACUGCUCCCAAGUCUGCUUCUCUGCGUAUCAGUGGAGAACUGAAUGGAGAGAAGGUAGAAGGCAUGUACUUGGAUGCAGAUAUCACACAAGAUGGUCCCAAACAACUGGUUACAGCCACUGUCAAGGAUAUACUCAAAGCUCAGGCCAAUUGGUUUCCAUAUCUUACUUUCUUAAUGCCUCCAUUGCCCUGGAAUACAGCAUCGGAAAAAGAAAAGGCUAACAAUGGAUAUACUUUAACAAAUGGUAAUUUCACUGAAGAAUCAAGAUUUCAGUUUGCCACAGGACAAGAACUCGUGGUGAGGCACAAGGGCAAAGGAGUGGACAAGGAAGGUGCUCUCAAAGUUGACAUUGAAGUAGUGGGGAAAGUUCCAAUGAUACAGCCUACUGCCUCAGUUGUUAUCAGCCCCUAUACGGAGGAUUACAUACAGACUGGACCCAACUCUCUGUACACUUCUUCAAGGAGUUCUCUUGACGUAGAUGGGAAGAAACACCCAUUCACUUGGAAUAGAACUGUAGUCUAUGACAGAUCACAAGGAACCAUGCCGUAUUUGGUGGAGAAACUGUCAACAGAUGAAAUUGCAAGCCAGUACAAUCCGAAAUACAAGCAGCUCAAUUUCAAAGUUUCCUCAGAAAUAUCGAGAAAGUUCCAUCACAACAGAUGUCCACAAGGCUUCAGGCUAGACCCUGAACAUCACCAUUGUUCUGAUAUUGAUGAGUGCAAAGAGUGGAAGAAAGCUUGUCAUAAAAGUCAAAUUUGUGAGAAUCAGUUUGGAUCUUACCAUUGUCAAUGUCAACCCGGCUUUCGUCUCUCGCCAGACGGUGUAAAAUGUAUAGAUGUGAAUGAGUGUGAAGAAGGCAAGCCGUGCUCUCACAACUGUCACAAUACCAGGGGCAGCUUCUACUGCUCUUGUCCUCCUCAGCUAGCUCUUGGCCACAGUGGUCGCUCUUGCAAAGCUUGGGGUGAACUAGAUGUGUCAGAAUCUAGAGAAUUCUAUGAUGAGAGUAAUCCUGAUGCUCUGUUCUUGGAGGCCAAUGCAGUUUGAGAGUGUGGCAUGUGCACCAGGCCUUGUAUGGGAUAACAACAAAUGUUCAGGUAAAACAAUAGGGAACCACAUAAUUAAAGUUUA